UCGCAAUGUUUUGAACCGUUGGAGGAUUUGACGCGAGGAGGUUCCCACUUUAAAAAUGUUUAUGCCAAGAGCCUUGAAAGUGAAGAGACCAGCCCAGGGAUCAGGCCAAGUUUUGCAAAAGAAACGCAAAGUUGGUCAAGAGGAGGCUAACAUUAGUAGUUCAGAGACUGCUCAGAAGGAGGAAGCCAUUGAAGACGACAAAACACAGGAUGAGACAAUAGAAGCAGCAGGAGACUCUGCAUGUUUGAAAGAAAGCUCAGGACAUGAAGAUAGACAAAAAUCUUCAUCAGAUGAUGCAGAGGAUGACGACGAUGAUGAUGAUGAUGAUGAUGAGGAGGAGGAGGAGGAGGAGGAGGAGGAGGAGGAACCUGUUAAAUCAUUCAGAAAAAGCCAGAGAUGGCCUGAGCCAGGAGAACCCGUCUGUGUGAUGUGUGGUCGAUAUGGGGAGUACAUCUGUGACGCCACUGACAAUGAUGUUUGCAGUCUUGAAUGCAAAGCCAAACAUUUAGUGCAAAUGGGGUUGGGGACUGGGGCAGAUGCGUUUGACCGUAAGGACAAAAACAGAGAUGAAAGAACUCCUCAACAGCCAACAGCUGCCACUGGUGGAGGGGCUGACAGUGAAGCAGGAUACUCCUACAGGGAAAAUCUGUUCAUAUCAAGACUAACAGACGAUCAGGUGCUACGAAUCAGAAAGGAACUGGGCAUUGAAACACAGGGGAGAGAUGUCGGGAGACCCAUCGUUGAAUUUGAGCACUGUGGUUUUCCUACCACUCUGAGUAGCAACCUGAAAAAGGCUGGAUAUGAGGCACCCACACCGGUCCAGAUGCAGAUGGUACCUGUUGGUCUCACCGGCAGGGAUGUGAUUGCCAGCGCUGACACAGGAUCAGGGAAGACUGUAGCCUUUCUGCUGCCGGUGGUAGUGAGGGCAUUGGAGAAACCAGCUCACAGUGUGUGCAGCCCAGUAGCUGUGAUCCUGACCCCCACCAGAGAGCUGGCCAUCCAGAUAGAGAGACAGGCCAAGGAGCUGGUGAUGGGGCUCCCCAACAUGAGGACCGCACUGCUGGUGGGGGGCAUGCCGCUUCCCCCGCAGCUCCACCGCCUCAAGAGCACCAUCAAAAUUGUUAUCGCUACGCCCGGGCGGCUCAUCGAGAUCUUGAAGCAGAAGGCACUGCAGCUUGACAAAGUGAAGGUUGUAGUUGUUGAUGAGGUCGACACUAUGUUGAAGAUGGGUUUCCAGCAGCAGGUGCUGGAGGUUCUGGAGCAAGUCCCAGAGGAACACCAGACUCUGCUGGCAUCAGCCACCAUCCCAAAAGGGACGGAGGAGCUAGCCGCUCGGCUUGUCCGUGACCCUGUUCGUAUUACUAUUGGUGAGAAGAAUCAGCCGUGUGCCAACGUCAGGCAGAUCCUGCUUUGGGUAGAGGAACCCUCCAAGAAGAAGAAGCUGUUUGAGAUUCUCAAUGACAGUAAGCUGUACCAGCCUCCUGUGGUCGUGUUCGUGGACUGCAAACUUGGUGCUGAUCUGCUGUGCGAGGCGGUCGCCAAGGUGACAGGCCUCAAAGCCGUGGCAAUCCACUCUGACAAGAGCCAGUGGGAGCGCAACCGCAUCCUCAGGGGUCUUCUGGAUGGAGACUUUGAGGUGGUGAUCAGUACAGGUGUGCUCGGCAGAGGACUGGACUUAGUCAACGUCAGACUGGUGGUGAACUUUGACAUGCCGAAUACAAUGGAUGAGUACGUCCACCAGGUGGGCAGAGCCGGUCGUCUGGGACACAGGGGAACGGCCAUCACUCUCCUCAACAACAACAACAAGCGACUCUUCUUGGAGGUGGUGAACCGGGUCAAACCCACCGGGUCCAUCCUGCCGCCUCAGCUCUUGAACUCACCCCAUCUCCAUGAGCAGCAGAGGAGGGAAAGACAGAAAACCAAGAUGGGACAUGAGGACAAACUAGUUACCCAGAACAACCUCCUAGACAUCAUACGGAAACAUGACCGCCGCAAGAAAUAACAAAAGUGCGCUCUCUAUGUACUCAGGAGAUGUUAGUUUGUAUAUUUCAUUGAAAAUACAAAUAGAUGGAGAUUUUGUGCAUUGUGACUGUAUGUUUUGUAUCAUUUGUGUACUCAACUAAAUUAAAGUGAUCCUUCAUUUCACAAGCAAGGCACUCACA